GUAAUUAUCAGACGAAGAAAUCAAAUCGAUCAAAGCAUGAACACCCAGAUACAGAAUUCAAUCCAUCACUAUCCGAAUUUUGUUUAGCCUUUUUCUUUGAGAACAAUGUUGAUGGGUCAAUUACGCCGCUCGCUUUUAAGCGCGUUUUGAUUCGUUGAAUGUUCUUCGUUUUCCAUCCAACAAUGGCGGCCGCUCCCGCAAAUCGUUUUCUCUAAGAACCCCAUUGGCCUCCUCCGCCUGAUAAUCACGUUGGUUUUCGUUUUUUCUCGCCGAUUUCUGUUCAUCUUAGUAUCAUAACGUUUUCAUGAUUCAAAAUGAAUGUUUCUGAACAGCGAUAUUCAAUUAUUUGUUUCUCAAUCGUUUAGCCCUUUUCGUUGAUUGCCUUAUGUUCUUCGUCUUACACAAGUUUUCAGAUCGUUGUCUUCGAUUGGAUGAGUUGGAGCCGAAUGUUGGAGAUGGACAUCGACUUACAAAGAAUCUUGGAGGAGUUUCUUCAAUCCACUGCUCAUGUGAUGGACAAUAAUGAACUGGUUGAUGAACAUGGUCUAAAUCAAUCGCCAACUUGUGCAUGUUGCGAACGAUUCCUAGUACUUGAUAACGAUGUCAGUGGUGAACCUGAAGCCAUUGGUAUAUGUGGCGAUUGUAAGUUUUUGUUACUUGAAGAUAUGGAAUUCCCUGAACAGGAUUCUUAUAAUAGGGCGAUGCCCAGAGGAAGAAGAACAAGGCAUGGUAGUUCAGAGUCUCCUGAAAGUCGUUUUUCGCAGGAAUUCUCCCAUAUGAUUAACUUGGUGAGGCAAAGUCAGUCGAGUAUCUCUAGCUACGGGGACCGGUAUGCAGAUGGUUCUAAUGCUACUUAUGCUAUGCAGGACUCGAGUUUGCUUAUGAGCCCCAAUCAAUCUAGAAGAUGGCGUCGAGCAAACUCUGAUUCUGAAAAUGAUGGUUUAGAUAGUAUUGACUCUAUGUUUCGAGAGAGUGGAUCAAAUUUCAGUUUUGGGUCUUACAGACAUUCUUCUGGUGGUAUUGAUUUUGUUUCGUACGGUACUUAUGGGGGUGACUCGGACGCUUCCAUGGAUGGACGAAGUUCCUUGGACACAGAUGUUUUCGUUUUUCCUGGAGAUGGAUUCAAUGAUACCGAUAUAGACAUUGAUCCUAUGCGUGCUGGUGUCGGCGAUUGGGACUCGAGUGAUGAGGAGGAGGAUCUUGGUGAAUUAACAGAAGCUGACACAGAGCAAGAUGCACUCGAAGUAGAAUCUUCUCAAGCUAGGCCUCCACUUCAAGAUUUUCAAGUUUCUAGUGCAUCUGGGAGAGUUAACUCUGGUAAUUGGAAUGAACAACUUUCUUCACCAGAAUACGAACUCGAGCGAAUCAGGAGGAAUGGGCGAUUUUAUUCGAACAUGAACUAUUCACAGUCAGAAUUACUAUCUUUCGUUGAGAAUUUUGGUGAAUAUCUUGACCAACAAGGCUUUGAGCAACUUCUUGAGCAAAUUGCCAUGACGACCAGCUCAAGACGCGGAGCACCUCCUGCAGCUGUCUCUUCAGUGAAAAAUCUCCCACUUUUGGUGAUUUCUAAAGAACAUUUGAAACAUGACAAUAUAUCCUGUGCAAUUUGUAAGGAUUUCUUACUCGUGGGCGUCGCAGUGAAUCAACUACCUUGCCUUCAUCUCUACCACCCUUCCUGCAUCAUGCCGUGGUUGCGUACACGGAAUUCGUGUCCCCUUUGUCGAUAUGAACUUCCAACCGACGAUCGAGAUUACGAAGAGGGAAAGCGAAGUAGCAUCAAUACAGCAGAGGUCCAAGGAGUUGGAGCAAAUCUAGAGUUUAGAACCAGCCAAGGAGAGGAGCUGAACAACAUAGACUCUGCAGUUAAUAACAGUAACAAUUCAGGCAGACACGACGGUAUAAGAAGUUGGGUGUUCGUGGCUGCUCCGAUCGUUGGUCUUGCAGGUAUAGCCCUGAUGUUAUGGUUUGGUAGCCCUCGGUGUGAUCAAAGAGUACCCGUAGGCCAAGUUGCAGACAGAAGGCAACUUGAUGCUCACAUUGCUGAUGCAUUGAACCAAAGAGAGAACAGAAGCAGGAGAUGGUGGUGAAUUGUCUAGCAAUAGCGUAUGGUACAAGAAAUCAAAUUAACACGAGCUUUCUUUUACUUCAAUGAUAAUGCUUAUAUGAAGUUCAUACACAAUUGUUUAUAUCAAAAUGUUCUUCACAUGAAUGGGCAUUUAGGUAUCCAAAUGUUUAUCUCCACAUGAAUAUACUGCAGCGUUCGAGUAUCCUUGGAGCGGCGAACGAAGGUGGUUUUCUUCAGCAUUUAGUCUAUUGUUUUCGGCCAAUAUCCGAUGGAGAAGGAAUCAUCGAUUACAUAAUUGGAAUUUGGCGUUCUCCUUUGGGUGGAAAAUCCGAAAAGCUCAAUUUUUUUGUCAAGUUAUUUCUUGCAGUCAAGUAGUCUAGUCAAGUCAAUAUAAGUAUCGAUUGAACUAUUUUGUAUGAGUUUUGAUCGUUCAAUGACUAUGAAUUUUGAUUGU